GAAAAACAAAAGAAGAGAUCCACCACUUUAUGCGCUUCAGUGCAGAUGCAGAGGAGAUGGACUAAAGCAUUUACAUUUACCAAGAAGUGACUUCCCAAGCUUGAUGCUGAGAUGACCGUCAGGAUAGCAACCCGGCCACCUGGGGCCUUAAAUUACGUAUAAAAAAUGCCAAGGUCUAAGUCACUGAAGAAGAAGAAGAAGAAGAAGAAGAAAAAAAACUAAACAUUCUACCUUGAAUCUCUUAGUAAGGAGGGAGAAAAGGCUAAAGAUUUGCGUUAGGGAAAAAAAAGGCCCUACCAUGAAUCUCUUUCUCGUUCUGCCCUUGCCUCUACGGCUCUACGGUUGGUCUUUUGAGACACUUGGGACUGAAAAUCUGAAAGCAUUACUAGUAAACAUUGGAUUGUGCAUUAAAACCAGUAAAAGAGAAGAUGAUUCAAGGGGUUAAUAAAGCUUAAGGGAGAAUCUCCCGUUUGUUGUGUACUUAUACUAAGAAAACAUUAUGAUGAUUUGAUCAAGAUUUUUUAAGAAGCCCCAGAUCCAGUAGUGUGUAUAGGCUGUAUAGCUCUCCUUUAUAUGUAAUCUCACACUGAGGGAUAAAUCCAGUAAUCCGACAUGGGCCGCAAACUUCGACAAGAUCAUGCCGGAAUAAGAAGAGGCAACAGUCGCUUUGCUAUCGUUCAAAAUUUUCUUUCUUAUUUAUAGAAAUAUUGUGUGUAGUUUACUGGCCAUCAGAUGGGAAUGAAUCCUCCCCUAUUGAUGAUCAUGUCCUUAUAAUUUGAUGUAAUUUAACUGUUAAAUAAAAUUUUUUAUAGGAUAUACUUGAUACAAGCAAAUGUCUCCAAUUGUAUCUCAUAACACUUUUAUCAAUUAAAUAGUUAGUCACGAU